CCGCCCAGCUGGGGCAGCCCCGCCCCAUCCCACAGUGGUCCCCAUGUGGAGGCUGGCACUAGGCGGGGUUUUCCUGGCAGCCGCCCAGGCUUGUGUCUUCUGCCGCCUCCCAGCCCACGACUUGUCAGGCCGCCUGGCUCGGCUCUGCAGCCAGAUGGAGGCUGGGCAGAAGGAAUGUGGGGCCUCCCCCGACUUCUCGGCCUUUGCCUUAGAUGAGGUGUCCAUGAACAAAGUCACAGAGAAGACUCACAGAGUCCUGAGGGUCAUGGAGAUCAAAGAGGCUGUCUCCUCACUCCCUUCAUAUUGGAGUUGGCUUCGAAAGACCAAGCUCCCUGAGUACACCAGGGAAGCUCUCUGUCCCCCCACCUGCCCGUUGCCUCUGCUGUCUCCUGCAGGGGGCAGCACCACGCUGUACAACUGCUCCACCUGCAAGGGGACGGAGGUGUCCUGCUGGCCCCGAAAGCGCUGCUUCCCAGGAAGUCAGGAUCUUUGGGAAGCCAAGAUUCUUCUCCUCUCCCUCUUCGGAGCUGUCCUGCUUCUGGGUGUUCUGAGCCUCCUGGUGGAGUCCCACCACCUCCAAGCAAAAAGUGGCUUGUGAAGACGCUGAAAACCUCCCAACCUCCAGCUCUAAGGAGUAUGCACUCACAACUUCCACAUCCCUUGGAGGGGAACCAGCCAGCCCCCUAGUCCCAGCUGCAAAGACAGUCUCCAGACCCUAAAACCCAGACAUCCCUGCUUCUGGAUGGUGAGAUAAUGAAAAACAAGAAAAUCCCCAAAAACCCAAACCCCCCACAAUCCCAGUGUCAGAUGGCCUCCCGGGAACCCAGGCACCCACAGCUGGAAAGUUCCUCCCCUCCAGCCCUCAACCAAUCACACGGGUGUCAACAAUGCCAGGAAAAUAUCUACAGAAGGAAAGAAUCCCCUACGCCACUCCCACCACACCCACACCCCCUUCUGCCUGUUCCGGGAAAGCGGGGGCAUCUGCCCCAGAAGCUAUUCCAGGCCCUCCUAUGACUGAUUGGGAAUCCGGGAAUGCAUGUUCUGGAAAACUCACCCCACUAGAGUGAGAUCACAUCAGUGGGUUCGCGGGCAUGCCCUCCCUCCAUCGUGUUAACAGUUUGAAACCCUGGCCUCCCUCAGAGGCCUCUGUCCUGCCAGGCCUAACUAAACUUGCUGUUCAUGGC